UUUUUCAUAUGUUAUUUUGAUUUUGUUGGUUUUUUCUUUUUUUUUUUGUUGCAAGAAUGAUGAUUUAAAUGAUGUUGAAGUUUUUGAUGUGAAAAGUCAAGAUGCAAUUGAAACUGUUGGACUCGAUGAGAAUAUUCAAUAUACUCAGGUUUUUAAUGAUGAUGCUCCUUCAUUUGAUAUUAUGAGUUUUAUUUCUAGUAAACCUGAUUGGUUUACUGAAGAAAAAAAGAAUACUGAUAAAUUGAAUGAUGAAGAACAGGUUGUUGAUGAUCAUGGCCUAUUUAAGGAUGUUGUUAAAAAAUCUAAGGAGGAUGAAGAUGAUGGUGGUGAUGACCAGGGUUUGGGGGGUGGUGAUGCUGUUAAAGCUAUUGGUUCAGAUGGGACAAAUAAAGACAAUGUUGAGGGAAAGAAUACUGAAGAAGCAAAAGAUGUUGCAGAUGGGAGUAAUAAAGAUAAUGUUGAGGGCAGAGCAGUUGAUGUAGAUGCAAGUGUAAAUGAUGUUGAAGGUGUUUCUAGUAAGGGAAAGUUGUUUGAUAGUCAAGGCACUGAGGAUAGUAUCACUGUGUCUGCUUUGGAGAUUAUAAAUGAAAAGAUUGAUGCCUAUGAGGGAAGCAUUAAAAAGGUUUGUCAUUUUUUGUUUACUGUAUACUUUUUUUUUUAUUUAGUUUAUUUUAUAUUUUGAAUCAUUUUGUCAUGUUUAAUUAUUUUUAUUUUUUGUUUUUAGGAUAAGUAUUUAAAUAAAUUAGAGGCAACA